CUAGGAGGAGUACAUUAGUGCAACACUGACAGUUAUUCACUGUCUGCCCCCCGGAUGACACAUGAUUCUGAAGGGAAUGAAGCUCCAUCUGAUCUGAUUGAAUACUUUAGGUCGUCAUCAGAUUUGCUGGCCGAUGGCUUUGACCUUUCUCCUGAUCACGGAGCAGAGACUUUAAUAUCACGCUUCAUGCCUGCAGUCUCAGUAUGGAUCCAUCGGCACCCAAGUACUUCACUAUUAUUGAUUAUGUGAUAUUUGCGUUGCUGUUGGUGGCCUCCAUGUCCAUCGGGCUGUACUACGCCUUCACCGGAGGACGCCAGAGCACCACGCGAGAGUUUCUGUUCGCAGACAGGAGUAUGAAGUGCCUGCCGCUCUCUCUGUCUCUCAUGGCCACCUUCCAGUCGGCUGUGGCCGUCAUUGGCACGCCGGCUGAAGUCUACACCAAUGGCACGCAGUACUGGUUCAUUGGCUGCUCUUAUAUUCUGGGUCUCCUGAUACCAGCACACAUUUUCAUUCCUGUGUUCUACAGACUGCAUCUCACCAGUGUUUAUCAGUAUUUGGAGCUGCGCUUCUGUAAAGCCGUCCGUAUAUGUGGCACCGUUACAUUUAUUUUUCAGAUGGUCAUUUAUGUGGGUGUUGGCAUCUAUACACCGGCUCUUGCACUUAAUGCAGUUACUGGUUUUCAUUUAUGGGGAGCAGUACUGGCAACUGGGUUAGUCUGCACUCUAUAUACGACACUGGGUGGGCUGAAGGCAGUGGUGUGGACCGAUGUUUUCCAGACAGUAGUCAUGUUUACUGGUCAGCUGGCCGUCAUCAUUGUGGGCGUUCAGCAGGCUGGUGGUCUGUCCGAGGCCUGGGUUAAAGUCAGAGACGGUGGACGCAUCUCUGGCUUCGACCUGAAUCCUGACCCAACGGUGAGACACACGUUCUGGACGUUAGGUGUUGGAGGAGUGUUCCUGAUGCUGUCUCUCUAUGGAGUGAACCAGGCUCAGGUUCAGAGGUACCUCAGUUCUCGUACGGAGAAAGAAGCCGUCAUGUCCUGCUAUAUGGUGUUUCCGUGUCUUCAGGUGGCUUUAAUGCUCAGUUGUCUCAUGGGGCUGGUCAUGUACGCCUGCUACGGUAACAACAGCCCUUUGGAACAGCAGUACAUCACAUCCAAAGACCAGAUGGUGCUCUACUUUGUCAUGGACAUGUUACAAAACUUCCCUGGACUUCCUGGAUUGUUUGUGGCGUGUUUGUUCAGUGCAUCUCUCAGUACAAUAUCCUCAGCGUUGAACUCACUGGCCACGGUGACCAUAAUGGAUCUGAUCAAACCCCAUUACUCAAUGACGGAGGCCAGAGCCACUCGGCUCUCAAAGAUGCUGGCCGUAUCAUAUGGGAUUAUAUGUCUGGCUAUGGCUUAUGUCGUCCAUUUGAUGAACAGUUCAGUUCUUCAGGCUGCUCUCAGUAUCUUCGGGAUGGUCGGUGGGCCACUGCUCGGCCUGUUCUGUCUCGGCAUCUUUUUCCCAUGUGCCAAUAGCAUUGGAGCUGUAAUAGGACUUGCUGCAGGUCUGCUCAUUGCUUUCUGGGUUGGCAUUGGUGGCUUUUUGUCUCGGAUGUCCAGUUCUGUAGUUCCUCCAUUCAACUCUUCUAACACAGAAGCAGCCGUCCCUGACAACAUCACCAUCACAGCCGUGACUGCCCUCAUAGAUGCUGCCAGCAGACCUGUAGGGCUGCAAGGCUUCUACUCUCUGUCGUACAUGUGGUACAGUGCGCUCAACUCCUCCACUGUGGUGCUUAUCGGACUCAUUAUCAGCUUCAUGACAGGCCGAACAAAAGGAGACGAUGUGGCGUCUGGCACAGUGUAUCCGGUGGUGAGAACCGCACGAUCUCUUCUGUACAAGCUUGUGGAGCCGAGCACUUGCUGCGCGUCCCAUCCUCAACACAAGAUUGAUGGUCAUAAAGAAAUAAAUGGGAACAUAAAGGAGGAUGCUGGAACACAGGAAGAGACGGCAACAUUUCUCCCGUCAAACCCAGUGUCUCGUGUGGAGCAAGAGACCUCUGUGUGAAAAAAUGUCAUAAGUGCUCAGGGUUAGCCUGCACUCUAGUGAUAAGUACUGUAAAUAUUUUGUAUAUUGAUGGUGUCGGUCAUGCUAAUUACAGAGAUGUGUAAAAGUUCAGUUUGACUGUAAUUAUGUUGGAGAGAGAAUUGUGCCUGGGUGUACAUUUUUAUAAUGGACUGUAUAUUUCUGCCACGUUUGUAUUCUUUUGUAUGUGUAGCUACUGUAUACAAAACCACUGAAAGCUGUUUUUACAGCAUGCACUAAAAUGUUAAUAUCUGUAAAGAUGUAAAGUAUAAAUGCAAUGUUCUGCAAAUCAGCUUUUCUAAUAAAACAUGUGUGCAUUA